ACGGGACACAGGACGCGGGGGUGAGCCGCAUAUCGCGUGCUUGCGUGCGUCAGAGAGGACGUGGUAGGACAGCUGGAGCGCGCGCGCCCGCCCGCCCGAUGAGCAAAUAACAGCAUUUUCAGCGACAUCGCUCGAUUAACGCCAUGCAAAUAACACGGGAAAAUGAAACGGGACUGGGAUUAUAGAGAAUGCAAGACAGUUGUCGUGUAUCUGAUCUCCUAAUGCUUCCUAUAAUUUAUGACUAACAAGAUUUGGGACGUAGCUUCACAGUCUCCAGAUCUCAGGGAAUAGUUGAAUCUUAACCUCCACAUACCCCGACAAACCCAAGCAGCAUGCCAGAGCAGAGCAAUGAUUACCGGGUGGUGGUGUUUGGAGCAGGGGGAGUGGGCAAGAGCUCCCUGGUUCUGCGCUUUGUUAAAGGCACCUUCAGGGACACCUACAUCCCGACAGUGGAGGACACGUACCGGCAGGUCAUCAGCUGCGACAAGAGCGUAUGCACUCUGGAGAUCACCGACACCACUGGCAGCCACCAGUUCCCUGCGAUGCAGCGUCUGUCCAUCUCCAAAGGCCAUGCCUUCAUCCUGGUCUACUCCAUCACCAGCAGGCAGUCGCUGGAGGAGCUGAAGCCUAUCUACCAGCAAGUGCUGGCCAUCAAAGGUAACGUGGAGAACAUCCCCAUCAUGCUUGUCGGCAACAAGAGCGACGAGACCCAGCGCGAGGUGGAGACCAAGGAGGGCGAAGCCCAGGCAAACAUCUGGAAAUGUGCGUUCAUGGAAACAUCAGCCAAGACCAACACCAACGUGAAGGAGCUUUUUCAGGAGCUUCUGAAUCUGGAUAAGAAGCGUGAUAUGAGUCUGAACAUGCGCUCCAGCAAGCAGAGACGUGCAGACAAGCUGAAGGCCAAGUGCAGUGUGAUGUAGGAGGCUGGAUCCACGGCCGCAUCAUUCAACGUGUAACUGACUCCUCGAAAAUGUACAUAAGUCCCUCACCUUAAAGGAACAGUGAGCACAAAAAAAUGAAACUUCUGUCAUCGUUCACUUAUUGUCCUGUCAUUUUAACCCAUAUGACUUUAUUGUUUCCAGGGAACACAAAGAGAAAUUGUAAUACAAUUGUACUGGCCGCACUUGUCCAUGCAACCAAAAAUCUUAAAAAAGGUGUGUUCAAAAUGUCUUUCAGAUUUUCGCACGUUGAUAAAUAAAUGUGACCUCACGUUGUGUCCAUCAUGUU